UCGCCAUACGUCAAGCAAUUCAAGCUCAUCUCCAGCCUUCUUCCGGCGGAAAUGUCAGGCAUGCUCGCACCAUCUUUGCACACCCAAUUUGACUGCACCUCGCGCACGCUGUUGCGCACGUCAUGACAAAAAGACGCCUACACCACCGACGGCGAGACGGGCUACCUUCGAGAUCUCACAAAAGCAUGCAGAGAAAAGCUGCCGGCAUUGUUCAAUGCUGGAUGCUGCAACCCUCAGUUCGACGAUCCCUAUCUGACAUUCCUCCUGGCCGGCACCAUGGCCGAAGGCGUCCACAAGCACGGAAUUGGGCCCGGCUGUAGAGCUCGAUAAAUAUCUCCAGCUCUACCGCGACAUGCUCCAUAGCGCACCAAAUGGAAUGACGAUUGGCAUGCAUGUCGAAAUAGCACGUGAAAUGGUGUUCGGUGUUCUGAUAUUGGUUGACAGCGGCCACGCCUCGAUCGUGGCGAAAGUAUUCAAGCUGCCCGUCGAUCAUUGGCUACUGACAUAUGACGCACCGCGAGUUGGUGGCUUUGAGCCACUCCACGCUGAUACCAAAGCACAAUCAUACUGUCCUCGGGAUUGUGUCGUCCAAGCUUGGGCAGCUCGAAUCGAAAGAAGAGGUCAAUGUGCGGGUCAACUCAGCGGCGAGCACCGUCGCAGCUCCGUCAAGGGAGAGGGAGAAUAAAGCG